AAGGCGGUGGCUUUUCAAGAAGAAUGUUUUCUAGUUUUGCACCUUAUACUCUGCAAAUUUUUUUUAAAUGGAGGGGUGUGUGUUAUGAUUGUCUUAGUACCUCUUAUUAUGACAAGUUACACCAGCACUGCAUCUAACUGUAAGUGAACCACACUUCUGUUUAGUGUUAUUUUGUCCCUCUGAGAUAUGCAUAAAGCAUGCAAACUCCUUCUGCUAGUGUUCAUUUCAGAAUACUACUUUAGAUGUACCUCUCCCUCUUCUAUCCCUUUCUGCCACACACGCGCACACACACACUCAUAUAGCACCCCCACCCCCUUCUAUACCCGCCUCCUCCUCAUGCUUCACUGAAUGCCUGUUGCCAGGGCAGCCCGUCAAACUAGUGCUUAUAUUGGCUGAUUUUUAGAGCUGCUAGACUCUAGCUUCACAUGACCCAUCAAGUAUUACCCAAUGAAGAGAGUCUAUGCAAAUUUUUCCUACUUGAGUUAACAGCAUGCAUGUGGGCUUAUUCUGUUUGCUGUAAGAAAAAGCAGACAGGAUGAGAGCAUGGCUAAGAGGGACUCCAUUUUAGCAUUACUGAAUGUGAUUAUGCCAUACCUACAUCACUGAGCAGAAUGGCUUUCUACUGCAGUUUGCUAACCAGCUGGGAAGAGUGAAAGAUGGAAACAGUUGAAGAGCCCCAAAAGAAAAUUUUCAAGGCUAGAAAAACUAUGAGAACAAGCGAUCGACAACAGCUGGAAGUUGUGCACAAGGCUAAGGAAGAAUUUCUUCAAAAACAGGGACAGGGAGUGGUGGAGGAAUCUGCUACUACAGGGGCUCCAUCUCCUGUCCCCACACCACCCCCAACCCCUUCUACCCCACUUGUUAAUGGCAAGCAUAACUCAAAUGAAAAUGGAGACCUAGAGCAGCCAGACUCUCCCACUGUUGCCGAUAAAGCCACCUCCUCCCCAAAAUCACUUUCUGAAGAUAUCCAAGAGUCUGAAAAAAUGGAGGAGUUAGAGCCAACAUCCAGUGUUAACAUCAAUCAAAAAGAGACAGUGGAAUCAGAACUUUAUGAAGAUAUCUCUGAGCCAAGUCCUUAUUCUGAAAGCCCACAAGAUGCACGUGUGUCCCAGAGUCUUCCUGCCAAAGUGGUACAGGAGCAGCCUGAGGAGGUAAAGACUACAGAAAAUGUAAGAGAGGUGGAGGAUACAAAUUCUACAACUAUAAAGACCAUAGAGGAUAAAGGGAAUGCCGGGAAGCUGGCAGAUGAUGGUUCACCUGCAGAGAACAAAGAGCCUUCUCUUGAAUCAAAGGUUCCUGAGAUCAAGUCUGUCUCUCCUACCCCAGCUCCUUCACCCAUUGUCCUUCUAAUGCCUUUAGAAGUAGAGCACAGAGAUAAGAGUCCUACUCAAUUAGAAGAUAUUGGAGACCUUGCAAUUUCAAGCAGCGUGGAAGGUAACUCAGAGGAUUUCUCCGAUUCUCUAGUAAAGAAUAAGCAGAAUGAAAGGAAUGUUGAUAGUGAAACUGAAGAAAAGGCCUCUUCUGAUGAGAGAUUAGAAGCUGGGAGUCCUGGCCCUUCUGUAUCCACUACAGCAAUGGAAACAGAAACUGGUGACAGUGAAGAAAUUAUUCCGAUUCUAGAAAAGCUGGCCCCUUCUUCAUCAGCCCCUUUGUCUCCAUCGAGUCCCCCAAGUGAAGAUGUACUUUCUCCUGCUCAAUCUCCGUCACGACAAGAUAGUAGUGAUCUUGUACCUCGUGAAGGAUUUCUUGUGCUGAGUGAUGAAGAUGAGGGUGAAAAAGACAGAAUGGAUUGUGAAGAAGUACAAAAAGAUACUGUACAGUCAACAGCCACACUUCCAGAAGAAACGGACAGUACUAAUGUUGCUGAGGUUGAGACUGUGGAAGAACCCAAAACCUCAAGUAACCUUGAACUUGUGGCAGAGCCUGAGACAGAAGACCUAGAAAUGUCGACACAAAGGAAACGCUCUUGUUCCGAUGAUGUUGAAGUAUUGUCUGAACCUAAACGUCGUCGUUUUCUGGAAGGAAAUUAUGAGGCUGAGCUAGAGCUGAAGAUUACAGCUGCACGGGCUGAUGUCCACCAAAAACUGGAGAAGAUUGUACAGAGAAUUCUUGAAGAGAAAAUCCGUGCUUUGCAGUGGAGUGUGUUUGACAAAACACUAGAGGAACUGAAAAGUCGUGUAGAAAAGAUUGACUGUAGCAAAAGACAUGAGGCAGUGCUCACUGGACUUCAGGCUAAAAUAUCUAGACUUUCCAAAAAAUUUGGAGCUGCUAACCAAGCUCAGGAUGAGGCAAGGAAACAGCAGGAGAUCUCUGCUAGUCAGGCAGAUUUAUCUUCAGGUGCUGCUACCACAACAUAUCGAAUGGCACCAAAUAACAGCUGUCACUAUCGUCAAAAGAAAUACUUUGCUGAAGAUGUUUUGCACAUUAUUGAUGAUGCGGGCUCUGCGCUGUCAGAUGAGGAUUUUGAGAUGUCAGAAGGUACAGAAGAAAGCGACAAUGACAAUGAAGUUAGAAUGUCCCAAAGAUUGAGUGAUAGCAAUAGCACCAUACACCAAGUUCCAGCAACUGUCAUCUGGGAAGACUAUCCUGAGUUUGAUUCCUGGAAGCCCUCUUGGUUGCCAGAUUUCAAGAAAACACAUGGAGUUCUGGUGGACACUACUAACUAUGAGCCAGUUGAUUACUUUAAAUUGUUUUUUCCAGAGAGUGUUUUUGAAUUGAUGAGUAUGGAGACAAACAGGUAUGCUGAACGUUUUUUUAAUUCUCCUUGCAAGUUAUCACCACAUUCCCGUUUCUCAAAAUGGAAGCCCACAACAAAGGAAGAGAUGAAGGGUUUUGUGGCACUGCAAAUUGAGAUGGGACUUGACUGGCGGUAUAACUACAGAGAACACUGGUCUACACGUAAUGUUUCUCCAGGUGGAUUUGGAAAGGUGAUGCCACGAGAUAGAUAUGUAUUGCUGAACAGUUUUCUACAUUUUUGUGACAAUAAAAAGCAGCCCCAGAAGGGUGAACCAGGAUAUUACCCAAUAUGCAAGAUCCAGCCUCUACUUGACCUUACAAUGCCAACUUACAUGCAAGUGUACCAACCUGAUCGUGACCUAUCAGUGGAUGAGUCGAUGGUAAAAUAUAAAGGCCGUCUUUUUUUUCGUCAGUGCAUGCCAGAUAAACCAACCAAGUAUGGUAUCAAAAAUUUUGUACUGGCAGAGGCAAACACCGGGUACUGUCUUAAAAUAAUCACUUAUAUUGGCAAAUAUUCCUUCCCAAGAAAAGAUUGCUCCCUCACAACUCAGAUUGUUUUGGAUUUGCUACAAGGUUGUGACAAUAAGGGGCACAUUGCCUAUAUGGACAAUUUCUACACAUCGCCUGAUUUAUUUCUUGAGCUGCAGCGUAAAGGAAUUGGUGCCUGUGGUACAGCAAAGGCUUCUAGAAAAAAUAUGCCGCAAAAGCUGAAACCAAGCAACCUGAAACUAACAAGACUUGAUAAGCCAAUUUUUGUACGUGCAAAUAAUUUGGUGGCUCUUGUAUGGCAGGAUGUAAAAAGAGUAAUAUGUCUCACAACAGUUCAUACAAACAAUACAUGUAAGAAAGUAAUCCACCAAAAGGGAAAGCCAGAAAGAAGGGUGGUGAAUAAACCUAUAGCAAUUGAAGAAUACAGCGUAAAAAUAUCUGGAGUUGAUCGGCUGGAUCAGAUGUUAGGGGCAUAUGCUUUUGCCCACAAGUGCAUGAAAUGGUACCAUGCAGUCUAUCACCAAGUGCGUGAGGUUGCUCUGACAAAUGGUUACAUAAUUUACAAGCAAGAGAAAAAGAGUGACUGUCUGAAUGCUGCCAAUUUCCGCAAAAAAGUUGUGGAUGGUUUACUCUCCGAGUAUGUGGCAGUUGAAACUGUGAGGCAAGGCAGGCCAUCCCACAAAUCUUUGCCAAAUAGGCUAACCGAAUGUCAUUUUGCAGCCACCUAUGAAAACAAGAAGUAUAAGCCAGACUGUAUAGUUUGCAGCAACAGGCAGAAAAAACAGCGUCACCAGUGCAAUACAUAUUGUAAACAGUGUGAUUUACCAAUGCAUGCAAUCGGUUGCUUUGAGCGGUAUCACACAAUUCAAAAUUAUUAUAUAUAGAGUAUUCAUGCAUUUUUCAGACAUUUGUUAGUUUCUUGUUUUGCACAGUUACAAAAAUAUAAAGUGGCUUAGACAUUUUUGUAAACACUGUUUUCUGAAAAAAUGCAGACUGCAGUUGUGAUUUAAAAAAAAAAAAAUGUUUUGUUUGUCUAUUGUCAUUUCAUUAUUCAUAACAUUGCGGGGCUGAUGAACUUCUUACCAGCAAAUGUAAUAAUGGCUCAUCUAGCACAAUAGAAAGCAUAAGCCAUGUCCAAAGAGUAAUGUAUGUGUAUGUGUCUGUUGGAAUACCUGCCAAUGAUUUCUAAUUGUAUAUUAUUACUUUUGUUAAUUUUUUAGUCUGGGGAAGAAAAGGGGUGCCAGGUUCUAUAGCUGGCAAUUGUUAUUUCAUUGUAUUUUAUUUGAUUAUAAAUAACCAUCAAAAUUUGGCACAUUUCUGGAUCAGUAUUGUUAAAUAAAGAGUUAUUGUUACUUUGGUGUCUAUAUGUUAAUUGUUAAUUGAAGUAAUUGGUUACGGUUACCUUAAUAUAUGUCACCACUGUAUAAUGUAUAAGCAGUUUAUUUCAUACUGAAAUGGCAUUUACUAAGACAAAGAUUAAUAAUGUAUACUGUAUUGUACUUUAGUUCAUAUGUUAACCAAAUAAACUUUUCUCAGUAGAAGGAUGGAUUUACAUUUUCAUUUUUCUUGUAUGAAGUGCUGUUCUAAUUUAAUAGGGUAAAUGGAGCAAUAUGGUUGCUAAUUACAGAGUUGUUCUUCUCAAAAAUCUUGUCAAUAUGCUGGUAACUUUUUUAUGAGGUUAAGGAAUAUGUUACCCAAAAAAUUCUGUUACUGAAGGUUAACUGAAGAACAA